CCCCGGCCAUCUUGGCUGCUGCUCCUGGUUGAGGGCCGUCCGCACCUAAGACAGGAAGAUGGUGGCCGCAAAAAAGACGAAAAAAUCUCUGGAGUCCAUCAACUCUAGGCUCCAACUUGUUAUGAAAAGUGGAAAGUACGUGAUGGGGUACAAGCAGACGCUGAAGAUGAUCAGACAGGGCAAAGCGAAAUUGGUCAUCCUUGCCAACAACUGCCCAGCCUUGAGGAAAUCUGAAAUAGAGUACUAUGCUAUGUUGGCCAAAACUGGUGUCCACCACCACAGCGGCAAUAAUAUUGAACUGGGCACAGCAUGUGGAAAGUACUACAGAGUAUGCACACUGGCAAUCAUUGAUCCAGGUGAUUCUGAUAUCAUUAGAAGCAUGCCAGAACAGACCGGUGAAAAAUAAACCAAGCAGAAUUUUUCAUGAAUAAAACCUGCCAUAGCUUGU